AUCUUGGUAGUUGAAGUUGGCGACACGAGAUGACCUGUCUUUCACCCGACGAGGCCCACGUGUUCGAGCUGCCCCACAAAGAUCCUUGUCCAGCUGCCCAGUUGGGAACAUUUGCCAAAGCUCAUCUCCGAGCGCACAUCAUGGAAGCUGGGCAUUAGAUGGAUAUAAAGACGACACUAUGGAAGUGUCUCGUUGAACCAACUGACAUUGCGCAAUACUCUCUGCAAGAUGGAACGCUUCACCACGGUUCUCGCCGCUGUCUCAGUCCUCACCAAGGUGGUCGCUGAUGACUUCAACAUUCUGCAACAUGUUGGUGGCAAUGGGCAAUGGUUUCCUGGACCUGAAGUGACUGGUAUCUCAGCCGAGGUUCCGGAAGGGUGCACGGUGGAUCUCGCGGCUUUCUUUUCCCGUCAUGGCAGUCGAUACCCUGAUACCGGCGCCUACAAGGAAUGGGUCGACCUUUAUACCCGCGUCCAAGCUGCUUCAAACCUCACAGUGAGCGAUGAGAGCUUGGACUUCCUCAAACCAUGGAAGCCGGUCCUGUCAGAUCCGUCCAACCAGAUCGCCCAGCUUUCUAUCACGGGCUACAAGGAGCUGACCGAGAUGGGUGCAACCUGGCGUCUUCGUUAUGCCGAUUUGUACGACUACAACACUCCCUUCACGAUGUGGGCCAACUACUACAAGUCUGGUCCCCGUGUGCGUGACAGCGCACGGCUGUUCUCUCACGGCUUCCUUGGUCCGAACGCGACUGAUCUUGGCACCAUCUAUGCUCUGAACAGCAGCGAUCCGACGUCCUGGAUGAAUUCAUUGGCGACCAGUGACUUGUGCCCGUCAUACAAUGAUGAAGGCGGCAGUCCUUACAAGGACGUUUGGGACAACACCUACCUGCCGCCGAUCCGGUCGCGUCUGAAUGCAAAGAUCCAGGGAGGCUUCAACUUUACUCAGUGGGAUGUCUCCAUCAUCCCAUACCUGUGUGGCUUCGAGACGCAGAUCACCGGCCGUCGUAGUCCUUUCUGCGACAUCUUCACCGAGGAGGAGGCUCUGCAGUACGAGUACGCGCAGGAUCUGCGCUACUGGUAUGGCAACGGCCUGGGGUCUGAUAUCGAGAAGUACAACAUGCUGCCAGUCGUCGAGGGCCUGGUACAGCGCUUCGUCGAUGGUCCAAACGCAACAUACCAGACCGGCAACGCAACCUUUGUGCCUCCCAAGAUCAUUGCCUCGUUCUCGAACGACGGCCAGAUCAACCAGAUCCUCGCAGCCAUCGGCGUCUUCGACAACGAGCCCCAGCUCCCCGCGAACAAGACCCUGCCAGACCGCUUAUUCCGAGCAAGUCGGUUCCUCACCAUGCGCGGCACCGUCGCGUUCGAGCGCCUGUCCUGCGCUGCAUCUAGCAACUCGACGAGCGACGCGUACCUGCGCAUCCGCCUGAACGAGGUUGUGUACCCGGUUGCGAACUGCACCAGCGGCCCCGGAUCGUCGUGCCCGCUCGCGCAGUAUCAGAGCAUCAUCGAGGACAAGAUCGAGGCAGUCGGCGACUUCACGAAGCUCUGCAACACGACCAACCCUGAUUUUGCAGCGAGGCCGACGGCGACGUUCUUCAGAGAUAACACACUGCCAUUCCAGCGUAUUGUGAAGCCGUAGAGGUAGAUUCACCUGGCGAUUGUCAAUAAUGUCAAUGUAAUUUAAUGCUGCAUCUCAAGCACAGUAUUCUCAACUUAACAACUGUUAACUACUGUUGUUGUUGUCAGGCCUCAGUACUGA